AUGUAUCGAUCAGGUUGGGUUACAUCGAGGGUACUCACAGUAGUUGUAGGAUCAAUGAAACUGUCCACCGGCGGAGACUCUUAUGAAAUAGAAAAAAUAGAAAAUCAUCCAGAUUACGACCCCAAAACCAUAAAACACGAUAUUUCUUUACUAAAAGUGAAAGACACCAUAAAAUUCGGCGAUAAUGUGCAACCGAUAGAACUGCCUACCAGUGACAUCGGUGUUGGAGAGGUGUGCACUGUUACAGGAUGGGGUGACACUGAUAACCAAAACACAGUACCAGAUAACCUGCAAGCGUUGGAUGUAAAAACGAUAUCAAAGGAAAAAUAUAAUAAAGAAUUGGCACCAGCUCGUGAAUACCUUCCGAUUGAAGAUAAUCAGUUGUGCACGUUCAAUAAAGCUAGAGAAGGAAUUUGUGGGGGAGACUCGGGUGGGCCUCUAGUGAAAGACAAAAAGCAAGUGGGUAUUGUCUCUUGGGGUGCUCCAUGCGCUGUGGGCGUUCCUGACGUUUUCACGAAAGUCUAUUUAUACGUGGACUGGAUUAAGAAGAACAUUGGAAACUAGAAUAAAACAUUUCUGUGUUAUUUUUCGCGUAUAAUAUAUAUUAUCGACUG